AUGUCUCUACAGUAUUACAGAAAUCAGCUUGAACUUGUCACCUUAGACGAUGGGACGAUGCAGCAAGUGCUUUACAAGCUGCAAGGGGCCGUAAAGCGGGCCACCGGUAUUCUCAAGGAAAAAGUCCCUGGAUCCCUUCCCGAGAAUACAAUUGCGCCUGGCACUAUAUACAGUGGGAUUCUUGGAGUUGCUCUUAUGUUUCUCCGCCUUGAGCAACAAGCGAGUUAUGUUGAGGACGACGAUGAAAUUCUGCAUCUUGCAUCUGAAUUCCAUGAGCUGGCCUGUUCAAGACUUAGCUAUAGUGUUCCAGAGGACAUUCCCUUGAGGCCUGGUCGAUUAUCCCCGCUUGGAUCAGCAUCUCUUGGUGCUUCCGUCCUCCGAGUCUUUGCUGGUUUGGCUCGGCCUACUAGGCAAAAGGUGCCUUCCCAUGACAUUAUCAUGCUCCAACGCACUACUGAGUUCGCGAUCAAGCAAGGAACGACCGUAGGUGGUGAUGAAGCAUUAUACGGACGUGCUGGCGUAUUGUUGGCGCUUUUGCAGAUUCGACAACAAUGCAAGGACGAUGGAAACACUGCCGCUUUCACCGCCGCUUUCACAAUGAUCCCAAGGCUUGCAACUGUUAUCAUAGAGACAGGGAAGGUGGGUGCUAGUGAUUACAAUGAUUUAUACGGAGGGCAGGAUGCCCUAUCUCUUAUGUGGCCAUGGCAUGGUAAAUACUAUCUCGGAGCUGGGCUCUGCAAGCUUACUAUCGAAAACGCUGGCAAUCUCCCAUCCUCGGUUCCCAUCCGUUCAUCUUCCCUUCAUGAUCCUUAUGUACAAAUCUGCCAUGGUUCCCCAGGUCUCCUAAUCCUGUUGGCCCAAGCGGAGAACAACAUCCACCUAAUGCAUUCAUUUUGGGAACCAGACUGGGAUAAAGCAAUCCGGCUUGGAAGUGAGCAAGUGUGGGAACGCGGGUUACUAUUCAAAGGGGGAGGAUUAUGCCACGGCAUCGCCGGGAAUGCGUGGCCUUUUUUAUUAUUAUACAACAGCUUUGAGUACGGGAAGGAACGCAUCGCAUUAGCGAGGCGCUCGUUCAAAGAGAGAACCGGCUCAGUCGCUUCUGUAGAGGAGCAACUCACACCAGAUUAUUUCCUGUCUAGGGCGUUGACGUUAUUACUCUACGCACGAAAAACGCCACCUUUCCAUCGCCGUGAAUUCCGUGACGAAUGUGAAUUUCGCAUGCCGGAUACUCCUUAUAGCCUUUUUGAAGGACUAGCGGGUACCUGCGCUGCAUGGGGUGAAGCUUGUGUAAUGAUGGCUGUACUUCCAGGAGUCGCUACUACAGUUUAA